AAUCUAACUAAAACUAGUUCUAGAAUUGUAGAUAACAUAUUCUAGUCUAGAUUUAGAAUUAGAUUAUAGAAUCUAGAUUAUUUCUUCUAUUUCUUAAUUUCUAGAUCAUGCAAUUCAGAAUUCGCUGAAAUUUCUAGUGCAAACCGUGCCACGAAAUAGAUAUACUCUAGCUAUCACUAGAUUAUAGACCUAGAUAUAAAAGCAGCCAAAAAGACUGCAGUUUAUACAAUGUCAGCCAUUUUUGCAUGGGGAGAUGAUAACUCAGGAGCUCUUGGACUUUGCAGCUCAGAUAAUAGGACAAUAUGUUCUCCUAGCCAGAUUCACUCAUUAAAUGGGAAAGAAAUACAAAGUAUAAGCAGUGGUACAGGUCAUACAUUGGUGUGUUUGAAAGAUGGCAAAGUUCUUAGCUGUGGUUAUAAUGACUUCAGACAAUGUGGUCGAGAUAUUCAACUUAACAAGCUAGGUGAAGUUGGAGAAGGUCUACAGCCCCAUCAUGUGAUUCAAGUGGCUGCUGGAGCCUCACAUAGUGUUGUACUCACUCAAGCUCAUGAAGUUCUUACAUGGGGCAAAAAUACUGAGGGUCAGUUGGGAAGGGGUGAUGUGGAAGAGAACUUCACAGGUACACCUAAGUUAAUAAAAUCUCUAGCUGUUCAUUGUGUGGUGCAAAUAUCUUGUGGUAAUGACCAUACAAUGGUUUUAACAAAUGAAGGAUGUAUUGCUACAUGGGGUUCCAAUUCAUUUGGUCAGUUAGGAAUCGGUCUAGAUCAACACCUGUAUAAAUAUAGAAAUCAGCCUUGUUUUAUUGCGUGUUUGAAAGGAUUACCAAUUGCUCAAGUGGCUGCAGGAGGCAAUCAUUGUCUGAUCCUAUCCAAGUCAGGAGCCAUCUUUGGAUGGGGAAGAAACAGUUUUGGUCAGCUGGGAUUAAAUGACACAAUUGAUUUCCAUUCACCUAACCAAUGUAGACCAUUGCGCAGUCAAAGAAUCAAAUAUAUUUGUUGUGGUGAAAAUCAUACUGCUUGUCUUACAGUGGAUGGUAGAGUGUUUACCUUUGGUGCAGGAACAUAUGGUCAACUAGGCCAUGGUAGUUGCAACAAUGAGAUCUUACCUAGGCAGGUGAUAGAGUUGUCAGGAAGUGAGGUGUCACAGAUUGCUUGUGGAAGAAAUCACACAUUGGCCUUGAAUGCCAAAUCUGGACGCUUGUAUGCUUUUGGAUUAGGUGGAGUUGGCCAGCUUGGGCUUUCAACAACAGAUAAUAAAAACACUCCAGUUUUUAUACCAUGUCCAUUUGUCUUAAAAAAUACACAACAUUCAUUGAUGCAGGAAAAGAAUCAAGGUCUAAAUUUGAAAGUGAAAAGUAUAUAUGCAGGUGGUGAUCACAGUUUUGUAAUUACUCAAGAUCAGUGUCAACCUGAAGAUUACAGAAAAGAAGAUCCAGCAAGGCAGAUAUUAACAUUAACUCCUGAAAGAAUUAAGAUGCUUCGGUCUCUGCAGAAAAAUGAAACUCUAUCAGAUGAUAUUAAUGAGAUUAUCCAGAUUUUUUCAAGUGCUUCAUGUCUCAAUGGCUCAUUUCUUUUAGAUGAUGAUAAGCACUACAAUACUACCAGUAAAAAACAUGGUGUAGACAUGAUUGCUGUGAGAAAAUUUUUUCAAGACCUAUCUACAAUUUCCAAUGUUGAAAUUAUACAUAAGAUAUCAACAGCAAUAGCACAAAGCUUAUGUCCAUCAUUACUGAAGUCUCCACCUGAUGUAGAAGCCCUGCGUAUCUACCUUAUACUACCAGAGUGUCAUUUGUUUGAUCAGCCUCAGUUGUACAGUUCAAUCAUUUGUCCUUUUGCCAAGUCUCUUCUCUCACUGAGCAAAGUUGUUCUAGAUAAAAUCAAUUCAUGGUGGGUACUAAACCAACCAUCUUUUUUUAACAGAUUAGUUGUGAGUUACAAAAAUGUCAUAAAAUAUGUAUUCCACUUACCAGUAACAGUUCAUGAAUUCAGCACAGAUGAAUAUAUGACCCUUCAGUUUGGAUUACUAAUAUCCCUGGAAAUGUUGAGUAUGCUUUAUAUGAUCAAUGAAGCUCAUAAUCAGAUUAUUCCUUAUGAUAAAUUCUAUUUGCCUGAAUUGAAAAACAGUGUGGAUAUUAUAAAUGACUACACCACAUUGGUCCAAGCAUCUGUUUUCCCAAAUCUAAUUAAACAGAAAGCCUUCUACUUUUGCAGUUAUCCAUUUCUGUUUGAUGCUGAAGCUAAAAGUGUAUUACUUCAAACAGAUGCUGCUCUACAAAGGGAGAUGGCUCGUAUAAGAACAGUACAGAACAAUUUAAUGUCAUUUUUUCCACUACAAUGGUUCAAUCCUAAUCUUGGAUGCCUUGAACUGAAAGUAAACAGAAACACUUUAGUAGAAGACACAUUAAAAGAACUGAGAAAAACAGAGCUGACAGAGCUAAAAAGUCCUCUGAAGAUUGUAUUUGAAGAUGAGGAAGCAGUUGAUAUUGGAGGAGUUAGGAAAGAGUUUUUCAUGCUUUUUAUACGUAAACUACUAGAUCCUGAAUAUGGCAUGUUUAAACUUCAUGAAGACUCCAAUUUUCAAUGGUUUGAUCCUUCUUCAUCCAAAGAUUCAAGUAUGUUUCAUAUGUUUGGAAUUAUAUGUGGCCUUGCAAUCUACAACUUUAUCAUGAUAAAUCUUCAGUUUCCAUUAGCAUUAUUUAAAAAGUUGCUAAAAAGACCUGUCACACUUGAUGACCUAACAGAAUUAGAGCCUGUUGCUGGAAGAAGCCUCCAAAACCUACUCGACUAUGAUGAUGAUGAUAUUGAAGAGCAAUUUCUUCUAGAUUUUGAGAAUCUAUGUCCUGAUGGAAAAAGCAGGCUUGUCAAUCACACAAAUAAAGAAGAAUUUAUAGAUCUGCAUGUUGAUAAAUUAUUGAAUAAGUCCGUAGAAGUCCAGUUCAAAGCUUUUAGUGAAGGAUUUCAUAGUGUGUGUGGUGGCAAAGUCUUGGAUUUAUUUCACCCUCAAGAACUCCAGGCCAUGGUAGUUGGGAAUGAAGAUUAUGACUUCACUGAGUUGGAAAAGAACACAGAAUACAAAUUAGACUAUCACAAAUACCACCCAACUAUUAGAAUGUUUUGGGAAGUUUUUCAUUCAAUGAGUAUGACAAACAAAAAGAAAUUUCUAUUGUUUUUGACUGGCAGUGAUCGUAUUCCAGUUUUUGGAAUGAAAGAAGUCAAGAUAAUUAUUGAUCCUGAUACAAGAGGUGAACAAUAUUUGCCUUCAGCACAUACUUGUUUCAACCUCUUACAUUUGCCAAUUUAUAAAGAAAAAUCAACUCUGCAAAAAAAGCUGCUUAUUGCUAUUCAACAAACUGAAGGCUUUGGAAUGAGAUGAAACAUCCUUGAGAAAGAAGAUUCUCAAAUACCAGAAAGCUUUAUAACAUUUCUUUUUUUUUUUAUUUCUUAAAAAAAAAAAAAAAAAAAUAAUGAUAUUCCAUGCUAAGACAUUUCAAUUUUUCAUUAUUGACAAAUAGAUUUCAAUAAGAUUUUAAAACUAGGGGAUGAUUUUUACCAUUUUAUAAUCUUCUUUCUAUAUCAAUAUCAUAGUGACCCACUAAAUGAUCUCAAGUAAAACAUUGUUUUUUUUUAUUCAUCAGUCUAACUCAAUCUACUCUGGUAUAUAGUUUAUUUCAUAAAUAUUUUGAUGCCUUGAAAUUCCAUGAACUUCUUUAUGCUAUAGCACUCCAGCCUAACCAUUUUGACAGCUAUCAUUCACAAAUAUUUUUUUUUAGUCUUAGACCAUUAGUUUUUAAUGUAUUUUUCUAAGGUCUUAUUAAGCUUUUGCUUGUCACUUUUAAUUGUUCAUGAGAUAAAAAAAAAUUAUGAAAAAUGAACCAUUGAGGAAUGGUAGUAAUUUCACCUUCACCUAUUCUUUAGACUGUUGGGGCAACACACUGUUGUUCUACAAUCCUCUCUGUCUUUUGACUUGGAUAGAAUCUCUUUCAAUGACGGGCCCAUCCAUUCUUUUAUAUUGUCUUCCCUUCGUUUUCUCUGUUUUCCUUUUCUUCUUUUCCUGGUAAUGUUCCCUGAAGGAAUGUCUUUUGCAAGCCCUGAGGACCUUGUGAUAUGGCUACAGAGUUUUAGCUUAUGUUUUUUGACGGUAGUCAUUGUUAGGUUCAAUCGCUGUACUAAUACUGCUUCUAAUCUCUUCAUUUGUAAUGCUGUCUUUCUAUGUGAUACUUAGGAUCUUUCUGAAUAGCAUCUCAAUUCCAUUGCUAGGAUCCUCCUCUUUAGUUCUGCAGUCAGCGUCCAAGAUUCGCAAGCAUAUAAGAAUGUGACCAUGACCAUGGAUCACAUCAAUCUGAUUCUAGUGUCAAGAGCUAUGCCUUUGUUUUUUCAGAUUGUUUUAUAAGUGUUGCUGUGAUAUUAAUGAUAAGGGAAAAAAAGAGACACUAUUUGUUUAUUUUAAUGAUUUCUAAAUAGAUUUUUACUGUACCUUGUUAAAAUUGCCAACUAAUCUACAUUUUAAACUCCAAAACUAUUUAAAUUUAUAGGCUCAUGCAACAGGAAUAUUUUGUGAUCACUUAUCAAGUUUCAUUUAUUAUACAUUCUUUUCUUCCUUGUAAAAUAAUAAUGCUUAGUAAAAAUAAUGUAUAUUAUAAAUUGUAUUUGUAGGCUCCACAUGUGACAAAAUAAGAGCAUAUAAUUAUUUACUUAUUUAUACUUCGUUUUGACUUACAAUUUGAAUUCACAAUUUUGCCUUUUAAGUUCAACCUUGGGGUAAUUGGUACUUACAAUACUUAUAGUGUGACCAUGACAGUAGCUUUAUUUACUACUUUUUAAAAAAUGACAUUCAUGAAUUAUUUAUGAAGAAAAUUAUAUAAAUUGUAAUAGCCUUUUUUUGUUAUUAUAUAAGGAUUGGUUGUGAACAGAGAGAUGCUUAUUAGAAGAAAAAAAUUUACCAACCAUUUACACUGUUAUGAAUGCUGACUUAAUGCCUCAUUAAAAGAGUAAUUUUUAUCAGUUAUCAAAGUGAUCAAGUGAUAUUUCACUUUUUGUUUUUACAUCAUCAUACAAGAGAAAAAGUUUCUCUAUUGUUUUUUUUUUAAUGAAUUUUUACUAAAUGAACUUUAUGUGAAAUUUUUAGUGAUCUGUGUAAAGCUGCAUAACAUGCAUGACACUAGAUUGAGAUAUGAAAUAAAUAGUAAAUUUCCCCUUUCAGACCUUGCAGUCUAUAAGGCAGAUGAUGUAAAGGUCAUCUGUCUCUGUGGCCUACGGUUAACGAGGGUGUCAUGUGGCCAGCACAAUGACCAACUGCAUAUACUUUUCCCCAACUAAUGUCAGGUACCCAUUUAGAGCUGGGUGGACUCAGAGGCACCCAAAGAUCCCAAAGUUUAAAAUCCCAGUCUUCACCAGGAUUUGAACCCCUGGUUUGGAAGCCAAGCACUUUACCGCUCAGCCACCAUGCCUCCUAACAUUAGAAAUGCUUAGGACAAAAUUAUAUUCUUUUUUGAAGUAAUGUCUGUAGUUUAUAAGAUAAUUAAACUAAAAAGGUGCAAAAAUACACUCACUUUGAUUUUACAAACGUUUUGUUCUCUUGAGGCUAAUAAAUAGAUCUAGAUCUAGUUAUUUUUUACAAACUCAUUAUAGAGAUGGAAAUCAUUCAGCGCAAAAGAAAAAAUGCUUUUAAUUAGCAUAACAGUUUAGAAAUCUAAUGAAAAUCAAACUGAUAAAUAAACAAAUGUGACAGAAUAAACAAAGCUCUAUUUCUAA